AUGGACGGUCUAGAUGAGUUCGAAAAGUCGCUGGCCGCUGAGAAGGCCGAGAGAGAGCGCGCAGAACGCGACCAUAACGAAAAGCGAAACCGCAAACAUAGGCAUCAUCAUCGACACGACUCAGAGCGCGAAAGAGACCGGGAUCGAGAAAGAGACAGAGACAGAGACGGGCAAAGACAUCGCCAUCGCCGAAGACACGACGAAGAGGAUGAUGGUCACCGACACAAGCGCUCGCGCCAUGCACGCGACGACGAAGACAGCCACCGAUCGCGACGGCACGGCGACGACCGGCAUCGCAAAACAACAGACCCCAAGGAAGAUCUCCCCAUCCCCGACGAAGAGAAGCCAGCCAGCCAAGAUCCAGUCGACCGAUCAAAAUCCCUCCAACGAGACUCUUGGAUGACAGCUCCCUCCUCUAUCGACGUCGACUACAUCCACCGACCCGACAAAAACAAGUCACCACCUCCAAAACCCGAGCAAAAGCGUGUCGUGUCCAAGCGCGAGAUCAACACCCAUAUCCAAGACAUCAACGAGGGCAAGUCGAUUGAUGAACUAACCAUUCCCACCGAACGAACUGUCAAUUACACUUUCGGCGACGCUGGCUCUUCAUGGCGCAUGACGAAGCUCAAGGCUGUAUACACAGCAGCUGAAGAAAACGGCCGUCCAAUUGAAGAUGUUGCGAUGGAACGUUUCGGCGACCUGCGCUAUUUCGACGAUGCGCGUGAAGAGAAAGAAGAGAUGGAACGACGCAAGAUCUACGGUAAAGACUACAAGGGCCACGACAAGCCAACGGGCGACCUCUACCGUGAGAGGAUGAAGAACCAGCGCAAAGACUCACCACCUCCCGAACCCGAACAAGGCACAAUUAUUCCCGACACGCAUCCUCAAUCGACCCCAGUGAUGGACCAAACGGCCCUCAACCGUCUCCGCGCCCAAAUGAUGAAAGCCAAACUCCGUCGUGCCCCGAACGCCGCCCAACUCGAAGAAGAAUACAACAAAGCAGCAGCGAUGUUUGCUACAGCCCAAUCCAACCCCGAAGCCGUCGUUCUUAGCGUAAUGGACAAUCGCCAACUCGCCGGUGCGCGUAACGAAGCGAAAGCCAUCACCAACAAACGCGGCCGCGAGCGCGGAAACGUCGAAGAGAACACAGAAAUGACGAUUGACGAUAUGGUUCGCGAGGAACGUCGCACGAAGAACCAAGCUGGCGGUGAAGGCCUCCGCCUAGCAGAACGUAUCGCAAAAGACGGCAAGUUCGAUAACGACCUGGACUACAUGGACGAAAACGCCGAGAAGCUCGCCAAGCGCCUUCACAAAUCCGACAUCAACCUCAAGAACAUGGCCGUAUCCGAAUUCCAGAAAAUGUCGCGCGCACUCGAUAAUUGUCCCCUGUGCCACCACGAGGACAAGAACCAACCGCCUCUCGCACCCGUAAUCGCUCUCGGAACACGCGCCUUCCUCACCCUCGCUACCGAACCCGAAAUCUCCCCCGGCGGCGCCGUCAUCGCGCCCCUCGCGCAUCGCUCGAAUCUCUUAGAGUGCGACGACGAUGAAUGGGAGGAAAUACGAAACUUCAUGAAGAGUCUCACGCGAAUGUAUCACGAACAAGGUCGCGAGGUCGUAUUCUACGAAAACGCAGCGCAGCCCCAUCGGCGCAUGCACGCAGCCAUGGUCGCCGUCCCGAUACCCUACGAAGAAGGCGCCACUGCUCCUGCGUACUUCAAAGAGGCCUUCUUGUCAUCCGACGAAGAGUGGAGUCAGCAUCGCAAGAUCAUCGACACAGGUGCCAAAGCGCGCGAUGGCAUGGGUCGCUCAGCGUUUAGACGCUGUAUCGCGAAGGAGAUGCCGUAUUUUCACGUGUGGUUUACGCUAGAUGGUGGACUGGGCCAUGUUGUUGAAGAUGCGGGUCGUUGGCCAAAGGGCGAUCUUUUUGCGCGUGAGGUUCUGGGGGGCAUUGUUGAUGCGGAGCCGCAUGUUAUGAAGAAGCAAGGGCGGUGGAUGAGGGGCGAUCCUAGAGUGGAGGGCUUCAAGAAAGGAUGGCGCAAGUUUGAUUGGACCAGGAUGCUUGCAGAGGGAUGA